AUGGGCGGCGCCUCAAAGGACCCUCCAAGAGUGCGGCGCCCUCAGGGGGGCCUACCAAGGGCGGUGCCCUCAGGGGCCCUACCAGCGGUGGUGCCCCCAGGGACCCUCACAGGGGUAGCACCCCCCAAGGGACCUCACAAGGGCGGCACCCCCAGAGGCUUUUCCAGGGGCGGUACCCCCAUAGGCCCUACCAGGGGCAUCAACCCCAAGGGCCCUCCCAGGGGCCCUCGUCGGGGCGGCGUCCCCAGGGACCCUCCCAAGGGUCCUCCCAGUGGUGGUGCCCCCAGGGGCGUCGCCCCCCGGACCCACAUAGGGGCGUCGUUCCCAGGGGUCGGCGCCUCCAGGGGCCCUCCUUCGGGUGGGGAGCUCUCUCAAGGGCAUCGCCCCCAGGGAUCCUCCUAA